AUGAAUGAAUCAACAAAAAACGAUCAUUCCUUUGACAACAACAAUUAUAAUAAUCAAAGUAGAAGAGAUUGUAAUAAUAAUAACAAUAAUAACAACGAUAAAACAGUAGUAAGCAGCAAUAUUAAUCAAAGUAAUAAUAAUAAUAAUAUUAGUAAUCAACAACAACAACAUCAACAAGAGGAAAGAGAAAUUCUGCAUGCUGUCAUAACUGAUAAUCACUAUAGUAACAACCACGACAACGACGAAGAAGAGGAUAACAAUAACAAUAACAAUAAUAAUAAUAAGGGAAAGAAGAAAAAGAAAGGUCAUCGAACAAGCACAAAGUAUUUAUUACAAGACCAACAACAACAAGAAGAAGAGGAACAAGAACAAGUAAUUGGUGAAGAAGAAGAAGAAGAAGAAGAAGAAGAGAAACAAGAAGAGAGAAUAAACUAUAAUAUAAAUAAUAAUACACAAAUAUCAAAAGAGUUUACUACUUCAUCACCAUCAUCGUCGUCAGCUGAUAAUAAUAACAACUUGGUUAGUAGUCAACAAGAGUCUGAAAACGUAGUUGAACAAAAAGAUAAUGAAGCAAUGACAAAAAAAGAUAAAAAAGAAAACGAUAUGAAUAAUAAUAAUAAUAACAGUAGUAAUAAUAAUAAUAAUAAUUAUAUUGGUAUAAAUACAAGUAGAGAUGAUAGACUUGAUCAAAGUUUAACAGAUAAAUUGGCAGCAAUUCAUGCCAAAGAUGAGAAAAAGGUUGAAAUGCAAUCGAUAUCAAAGAUUAUCAACCGUGAAAAUAACCUAACCAAAUCGGAACCUUCGAUAAUGGAGGAUCAAGUAGUUGGCAGUAUGCCACUCAUUGCUAAAUCCACCACUUCACCAUCGAAUCGUACUGUCAGCGAAAACGUAAAUGUCAGUGUCAGCAACUCAAACACCAACGACAGCUCGAGCAGUCGAUCAAGAUACACCUCAACAACUGGUGAUUUAAACAAAGCACAAGAAUUACCAUUCCACCAAGUACAAAUCUUGGGUGAUGGUGAAUCAUCUAUACCCGACGACCACUACGAUAGUAGUAGUGAUGACGAUGGUGGAAACAUGAAAAAGAAAAAGAAAAGAAAAUGUUCAGAUAUACUAUUCUCAAAGAAAAUGGUUAUCAUCUAUAUACUUGCAUUUUUGGUUUUAAUUUCUGGUGUUGGAAUAAUAUUUAGAAUAUUUUGGCCUGAUAUUACAAUUGUUGGAUCACAAGUACUAAGAUGGGCAUUAUUUAUAGAUGUAGCAAUUUUGUCGUUUAUGUUGGCAUUUUGGUUGGUUCGAUUAUUCUUUUCAUUGUUUCAAGUUACACUGUAUCUACAACAACACGUGUAUUAUUAUAUCAAUGGAUUUGUCAAACCACUUAGUUUUAUGAUUUGGGCGAUUGUUUGUCUGUUUGCAACGGGGCCUAUUCUCGAUUUGCCGGGUUGGACCGACAAGGAUAUGGAGAAAUACUAUACCACCCUCAGAGCAAUCAUCUAUGUGUCACUAUUUUAUUGUGCACGUGUCGUGCUCGUAAAGGUGUUGGCCGCCAAGACUAAUCGCAAGGCUUUCUACUCGACACUCAAGGAAUCUUUGCUCAACGAAGAAUUGCUCGAUCAAAUGUCGACGAGAAAGGCAAACCGACUAAACCACAGUGUAUCAACCAGUUUAAAAAAGAGAAAGAGAUUAGAAGUGACUCAAUGGUUGGAAAUGAUAAAGAAACGAAGUAAUCUAUCUGGUAAACUACAAGAACGUGCCGACAAUUACACACCGGAAGAGGCGAAAAAGGUUGCCAAGGCAAUCCUACGAAAUGCAGAUCGUCUCAAAAAGGGUUAUGUCAAUCGCGAAGAUCUAAAAUGUUAUGUCAAAGAUUCACACGUCGAUAAGACCUAUGCUACAUUUGGUUCAUUGUAUGACGAUAUGAUUACAAGAGAUGAUUUGGUUUCAUGGGUUCUAAGAGUUGUUAGAGCAAGAAAAAAUCUUGAAAAUCGUCUAAGAGAUCAUGAUGAUAUUGGAAGAGUUAUAAAUGAAGUAAUUAAUUUUAUUUUUUGGUUUUUAAUGUUUUUGUUUGUAAUGUCAUUGUAUGGAGUAGAUAUUAAUGUAUUUUUGGUACCUUUGAGUACUACGAUACUGGCACUCAGUUUUGCAUUUGGAACUACGUUGCGUAAUGUAUUUGAGUCUUUGAUACUCAUCUUUUUCGUUCGACCCUUUGAAGUGGGAGACAAGAUUGUCGUUGCCAAUGAAGCCUAUUUUGUCGAUAGAAUAGGUAUCCUAUUUACCAGUUUCAAGAGUACCGAUGGAAAGGCAGUCUAUAUGCCCAAUCCAAUACUCACAAGCUCACGUCUCGAAAAUCAUCAACGAUCCGAAGAGGUUUGGGUAGGUGUCGACGUCCUGAUGAACUUUACAACACCAAUCGAAAAACUAUACCAACUCGAAGCCAAGAUGGAUAAAUGGGUCAAGGCACAAAAAGAAAAGUGGAAACCAGACACAUCGCUCACAUUUGUCUCUAUUCAAGGUACCAACCACAUCACCGUCCGUUAUGGCGCUUCCAUCAUUGCCUCUUGGCAAGACGUAAAGAGAUGGCGUCCACUUAAAAACGAACUCUUUUUCAAAAUGAAGGAAUGGAUUGAAGACCUUGGCAUCGAAACUCUUCCACCAACCCAAAGAAUUCAACUCGUAGAACCUCCAUUGGGUAAAUCUGCUUUCCCCUCUUUCAAUUCUGAAAUGAAAUCUCCCAAUGUAUAA